UAGCGGCUUCGCCUUCGGACUCAGUUCGCCAGAACCCGCUGCCGUGAACGGGUGAUAUAGCCUAAGAAGCUGAGAGCUAAAGCAAGCAAGUCAGUGGAAGAACCGACCGCAGAGAAGACAUCCCUCCUUGCACGAAUUGCGGAAUAAUCCCAAGGGUUGUGGAGUGAGGACUUUGAAUGUUCGAGAGCUUCAUGAACGUAAAUGAUGUUUUGUAAAUAUUCUUGAGAUUUGGGCGAGAUUUUAAUAUUUGAAGUAGAGAGGUUUUUCUAUAGUGUUGGCGCAUGUUCGCUCCGAAUUGCAUCAGUUUUUUGUACGACUGGUUGUUCUGUUGAGAUUGUGGGGGAAAAGGAGUGUGAAAAAUCGUGAAAGUGAAAACUUGUUGCUAAGGGAAAUUUGUUGCGCCUGAAGUGGUGAAGCAAGAAGAUAGAAGCAAUACUGAAUCUGGUACAUCUGUGAAACUGGUGGAGUUGUUGAUAGGCAAGACUCCACACCGAAUUUUCGAUAUCUGGAGACCUGUGGUGGCCUUCUUGGCCAGCUGGUGUUGUUCUUCAAAGAGAACGAAGUGAUUGAUAGUGAAGCGCAAGGCAACAGUAGCCAGUUUGGUCGUCGUCAAAGUCGUCAUUAUUGUUGUCGCCGUCGUCGGUCGUCAAGUUCUAUCAUAUUAAAAUAUUAUAAAGUGUGACUCCUCGAUCCGCGCCGCACCGGUCCCAGUAGCUGCCGGAGGCAACUCGUAGAGAGAAGAAGCCAGAAAAAAAACUCAGCGAGAAGCUCGUACUCAUACUAAAACUUCCUUUAUGUACUGAUCCGACUUAAAUCGCGAGUAGUGAGUACGUAGACAACACCGGCACCGGAGACUAGAUUGUGUUUCGUUGGUCGGUUGGCGACAAAUAAGCCGGGAGAGACAAUUGGACACCGGCUCACUCCGCGCGAGACACAGUAGGAGCUGUUGAUGCGAAGAAGGGCAUUAUCGGCGACGCACUCGGUCAGUACCGGUGACCGACCUUUCGAAUUUUUCUCCUCUGCACCGCACCGGACGGUUGUUUUGCAAUACGACGUAUUUUUUCAGUGUGAGUGAUUAAGUCCCGCGAGUGGAUACGUUUAGUGCAGCAACUUGACGAAAACAACAAUUGCAGCAGCCAUCCGCAGCGUGGUCUUUGUUUGACCGGAGCCGAAGUGAUCUAAGGGCCUGUGCCAUUUGAAUGAUUUAAGUGCCGCGUCUUGAAGAGUGAGAGGGAUAAGAAGCGGCCAAUUGUGAACAACAAAAACAACCAAAUUAUACGCCUCUUUGGGUACUACUCAGGUCUUUGAAUUGAGUGUAAGUGGGGCUUAAUUAAGCCUCCGAAGCGCUUUGGUUAUUGGUUGUGAUAGAAGCGUGUGAUCGUGUGCAACAGAAGAGAUCCUCUGAUGAUCUUGGAUCGCAAGCUGGUGGAUAAGAAGCGUUACUUUUUGCUCUGAUUGGGAUUACAACUGGUGGAAUUCGGUUUUCGGAAUCGAGCGAGUGUGUCUGAACGAGUCGAGAGAUCCGGACCAGGCAUCUCCAUGUACUCAAUGGUGGACUGCUACAACGGAAUGGGUCAACUGGGGCCAGAGUACGGUUCAAAAAACUCCCUGAUGGACAACCCCGAAAUGGACCAUGUCACAAAGGUGAUAGCGUAUCAUCCGCGCUAUUUGGAUCACUAUCUCAACACGCAGAACUUUGUGAUGAACUGCGAUGGACCGCUACCGUUCGAGUACCGAACCUACAUUGCCAUCAUGGCUGCCUCCAGACACAAGUGUACCUACCUGGUCAAUCUGUACGAGAAGGAAUUUCUCAUGCAGGGUGGAGAUCGAAACUGGUUGAAUGGGCUGGAUUGCAUUCCCGCCAAACUACGUGCCAUAUGUGACAUCAACAAAAUUCUGGCUCACCGUCCGUGGCUGCUGAACAAGGAGCACAUAGAGCGUUUGACCAAAGGCCAGAACAGUUGGUCACUUUCCGAGGUGGUGCACGCGAUCGUCCUGCUGGCCCACUUCCAUUCCUUGUCGUCUUUCGUAUUCUCCUGUGGGCUCACCCAGGAAUUGGACGCAUCUAGUCAACGGAUCGAAAACAACAAUGUUGUACCCCAAAAGACUGAAAACGAACAUCGUCAUCUUCAUAAUCACCACAACCAUCAGAACGGACAGGAAGCAAUCAUCCCACCGCAAUCCGAGGUGACCGUCGAUGCGCUGAUGCAGCGCAUGAAGAAACUGUCGGAGAACAAUACCGAGUGCACCGAGACGGAGCUGAGCAAUCGGUUCAAGAACGUCGAACUGCAAGCCGCAGAACUGCCGGCCGUGGUCCCGAGGGAUCCCUCGUUGGAGCUGCCGCAGCAGAUUGGACGCUACGUGGACGACCCGAACUUCACAUAUCAGGACUUUGCCCGCCGUGGCGCGGAAAACAUUCCGCAGACCUUCCGGAUACAGGACUACUCGUGGGAUGACCAUGGGUUUUCGCUCAUCAAUCGUCUCUACAACGACGUGGGCUUCUACCUGGACGACAAGUUCCGGCUGGCGUACAACCUUACGUACUACACGAUUGCCGGGCGGACCAACGUCGAUACGUCCAAGUUCCGUCGUGCCAUCUGGAACUACAUCCAGUGCAUGUACGGCAUCCGGUACGACGACUACGACUACGGCGAGGUCAACCAGCUGCUGGACCGGGCGCUCAAGAUGUUCAUCAAAACGGCCUGCUGCUUCCCGGAACGGAUCACCAAAACCGACUACGACAGUGUGCUCGUUGAAUUGCAGCACAGUGAGAAGGUUCACGUGAAUCUGAUGAUCAUGGAGGCACGCAACCAGGCCGAACUGCUCUACGCCCUACGUGAAAUUAUGCGUUACAUGACAUGAUUUGGAGAUAGGGAACGUGGCGGAGAGGGGAGUAGUUGCUUGCAACCCCUCCCCCUUUUUUGUAAUGUGUAGAUUUUAUAAGUGAUUAAAUAUGGUAUGUAAUUCUAUUUUAAAGCUGUCGUCAGGUAACGGAGAAUUCAUACAAACCAACAAACGCAAACAAAUCUAAUCGUAGGUCAUAGGUUCUAACAAUUGGUAGGCGGUAUUGUUUCGCUCAUGGCACGGAACAAUACCGAUAAGUGAAGCUGAAAGCUAUGCGAGAAGUAAGAGAAAGAAUAUUCAUCUGGUGAUAUAUUUGUAGAUAUCAGGUAAAGAAGCAACUGGUGUGACUAACAAACCGCCGAGAACUGCGAGAAGACGGAAAAAAAUAUGAGCAAGCAUACGAUCAGGGCAUUGAAGUAAUUUUAACACGUCCCUCAUAGGAUGAGAUAUAAUAAGUAGUUUGUUUUAAUUUGUAGCUAGGAACAACAAAUGAUACAAAUACACGUGAGAAACAAUCGUCGUCGCACAAAUCGACUUUUACGCCCGCCCGCGUUUGUAACAAAUCGGGCGGCGAAGAAGAUCGGUAUCGGUACCGAACAAAAUUGAGACGGCUUGUUCGAUGGUAUUUCACGUUCCGAAUUGAUCUCAGCUCAGGUACGAAGUCAAAAUUAUCGUCGAUGAUUUUUUUUAACGAUACCCCCUCUAGUGAUGUUCUUUUUUAUAUUAAUCUUUAACUGUCAAGUGAACGUUUUACGAAUACCAUCGGAUAAUGCUGUUCAGAAACUACAUAGACGUACGGGAAAGGCGAGUCGUUGAGCGUUGGAGGGGUAGAAACCGUUGCAUAUUUGGAAGAAAACUAUGCUUGUCAAAUUAUUAUCACUAAAUUUUUUCUCAAUCAAGAAAUUUCAAAACCUUUCCUCCAUUUCCACACUUUGCAACUUUUGCAACACUUUUGUUGAACAAGGUCGAAGCCACUAUUUUCGAUUUCUCAACAAUUUUUGACACCUUCCGCGUCCUUUUUACAUAAAACCUUACACUAAGAAGGACGUAAACUACAGAAUUUUUGCAGGCAUCCUGCGCAGAGUUUAUCAAAACAUUUUUGUAAGGAAAGGUUGCGAAUUGCUGAAGCAAUCAUUGAUUGAUUCCUUGUAAGAUCUUUGUCAAAAGCCUGAUUUUAAGUUGGUCUUCGAUAAUUCCCUAAGGAGUUUCUCAAUCAAUAUCUUAGAUAAAACCAGUUUUUUUAUAUAUAAAACAUGAGAAUUCAGUUUAUUAAGUCCAUUACGGUAAUAAUAACCAUGCGUUCUCCAUGGAAUGAAACCUGAAAAUCUGGAGACGCAUUGCUUUACUAUUUCGAAUUAAUCUUUGGAGACAAAUCAAAUUUGAUCGAUUCAAACAAUUGGUUUGUAUAUUCAUAUGUGAGAAAAGCUAAAAAAAAUACUUCAAUUCAGUAAGAGAAAUUUCCGAAGUUUCCCAUUUGUUUACGUAUACCACUCUCAUGCUCAACGACUCAAAGCGCAAAAACCAAUCUUCAAGAAUUUCCCCAUCAAGCUUCUUUGACGGUGCAAAAAGAUCAAAAACGAUUGAUAUUAGAUCGAUCCUGUCGAACCUAGUCCAUGAUUUUUUAUAAUGCAAGACAAGAAAAAAGAGUUAGGAAGGCAAACGUAAAGCCGGUAUUACAAAUCAAAUUUCGAAACAAAACACAUUGUGUUCAAUACCAAACCAAACGGUAAAUUAUUUCGUUCGAAUCAAAAUUGUUGCUUUUGUAUUCGAAAAAGUUUAGAUAGGACCAAAAAUUGGUAAAAUGUCGCACCAGUAAAGGGUGUUUUCUGUUCUAGCAACGUUCCCGUUAGUUUCGAUGAAAUCUUUCUGUGAGACAUCGUAGCCCCAUCAUCUAAGUUAGCGACAAAAUGCAGAGCAAAGUGCAGAGAAUCGAAGAAGAAACACACCUAUUAUACAAAAUAUGUGAUUCGUUUGUGAUGGAAUUUGUGCCAAAAAAAUCUCUUUAUAAUAACAUACAAACAUGCAUACAUAUGUGUAGAAUCAAGUGGAAAUAAUCUUUGACGGAGGAGUCACUCGCUUCCCCAAGAAGCCUUAAAUGUUAGAAGUGUAGAUUUGAAUCAGAAAAAAAUAUAAAUGAACAGUACGUAGAUCGGAACUGAUGAGAACUACUAACAGCACACAAGCACCUACAAAACAUACAAUUUACUGUUGAUCAUUGAUUGUUUUAUAGAAUAUACAUUAUAACAAUAAAAUAACUGAGUUACUGUUAUUUUGCGUGGGAACGAACGGGAAGAGGAGGAUCUGUUCCGGAGCCUGGCAAUACUAGUGAGGAUGCAAACACGCUCGUGAGCAAAUCAGCAGAUGAGUAGUUCGUCAUUUAUGUUAUGCUCGUUCCUGGAGGAGGAAUGGAAUUGUUUUGUUGAUCACGUUGGAAAGUUUAUCUGAGCUAAGAGAAUAGAGGAUAAAGGAAACGCGCCUGACGCAACGGAGAUGCGAAAGCAUUGCAGUACGACGCUACAUAACGAUUCAUGUUGUCAUCAUAAGAAUAAAUGUGAAGAUCUUCAAAAAUA